GCACGUUUUGGACGCGUAUGGAUUGGAUCUUCAGGGGACUGGGUUCCGUAGUUCAGUCAGUACCAGUUCAGUGCUCCGCUGUAGGCGCUGGAGGCCGCACGUCUGUGAAAUGUUUGUGUGAGUGGUCAAGUUUAAAUGUGUUCCAUCGUGCUUCGUUCAGUGCCGAAGUUUGGGAAUUAGUGAAUGAUUUAACGUAUCACGCAAAACACAAUAUGUGGAAAAUACUAACCAUCGUAAUCGCGACGUGGGCGCUAGCAGAAUCAAACUUAUACGACCAUAACAAACGGGACAUCGCCACAUCUUUAUGUGAUCCACUGUCCGACAGCAACAAUAAAAUACGUUGUUACUGCAAAAAAUACAGCAGUCAUUCUGAACAGGUCAAAGUAGCUGAAUGCUCUCUAACCACGAAGAAUGUUGAAAUGAAUGAUCCCAGUUGGGACGAGUUCGUCGUGAUUGAAAACGUUACUAAACUCACUCUAACUAACACUAAAGGAAUUUCACUAAGUUACAUACCAACUGAUGCUAUACAAUAUACCAAAGCACUGACCAAAUUAAUUAUAACGUACGGAAACAUUGAAGACAUUCCACCGUUUGCUUUCGCAAACUUGACUCAACUAGAAGAAAUUAUAGUAAGAGAUAGCAACAUCAAAACCCUUCAGAAAUAUGCGUUCGCUCAUCAUAAAGCCACGCAUACUAUUAGUUUGGAUAACAAUGGUAUAGAAGAAAUAAACAGAGACGUAUUUGUAGAUUUGCCAUCACUAAAACAACUAUAUCUAACGUCGAAUAAAAUAGCUAUUAUUCAUGAUCGAGCAUUUACGCAUUUGAACAAUUUGAAAGAAUUGGAGAUUGAUAAGAAUGAAUUAUUUAGUUUGAACAGUGAAACAUUUCACGGGUUGAGAAAAUUAGACAGAUUAGUUCUGAGUAAUAAUAAUUUGGAAGUUAUUGGGGCUAAAACCUUUGUUCAUCUUGUGCAGCUACAGUCACUGAGCUUGGAUGGAAAUCACAUACAAAUGUUAGAUGAGAAAGCAUUUAAUGGUGCUACCCAAUUAACAUCUCUGACUCUAGCUAGAAAUAAGCUAAAAGAUUUUGACAAUGCACAGAUUUUUGAAGGACUAAAUAAUUUAAGAUCACUGAGUUUGAGGGAUAACCAGUUAGUUAAAAUUAAAGCUGAAUCAAUGACGCCGAUUAUCAACAAUUUGCACACUGUCGGCAGUUUCUUCGAUUUUGAAGGUAACAAGUUUCCAUGCGACUGCAAUCUCGACUGGUUUUUGACGCUUAUCAACAAAACCCGUAGCACCGUGCUGAAGACUAGUAUAGAAAACUUCAAGUGUUACCCGAGUGACGCGCUCCGUGAAACUUGGAUGAGAGUAUCAGAAGUGGCGCAGAACGAGGAACUCCAAGAAUCGGAACCACAAAAUCAGCAUGACUACGAAUAUUACGAUGACUCCCAACUGAAUGGCACAUUGUUUUAUACAGACAUAAGAUUUUUACUUAAUUGUUCAGGCAAUAUAGUCCUGCCGGGCCCAACUUAUGUUACAAGCGAUAACAAAGUUGUCAAAGAACAGUCUAGCCCUACGUCUUCAUAUACCACUGCGUCUACACCAGUAACUAGCAAGGCUAUAAUAAGAAAUCAGGGGAUGUUAGAUUUGUUUCCAUCAGAAACGACCAUAGUGCCAAAAACUGUUACAACUACUGAUUCCAGAACGGAAUUGAAUAAAGUCACAGAAAGAAAUGAGAAGAAAAUUAUUCCAACUACUAGUAAAUUAGCAACGGUGUCUGCUAAGCCCAUAGACAAAAACUAUGAUGACCAUGAUAUGGCUUCUGAUGAAGCUAAACCUGAGAAGCUAAAUGCUCGUAGAAGUUAUCAUGAAGACAUUGACAAUGAACAAAAAUCAAAUAAUUCACCAAGUAAUGCUGGCUGUGUAACUCUAUCUUCGAUAUUAUUAAUGCUAAGUCUUAGCUCUUUCCUGUAAGUUAAAGUUAAUAUUCUGUUAUAAAUAAAAUUAGAUUUAAAAUUGAUAAUGUAAGUUAGAUCCUUUGACAGUCAUUAAAAUAAAUUAAACGCUUUAAGAAUAUAACUAAGUACCUAA